AAGAGACCGACAAAGCGACGCUCCUCAGGUUACCCAACGUUCCACCUCGAUUCUCCUACCCUACUGGGUCCCUUUAGGGCUUUAGGUUUCCCCGUUCGACUCCUUUAGCCCUCUCUUCUCCGAUCUCUCCGCGACGCCCUUCUCGUGUGUCCGUCCUCGUCUUCCGAAGUCUCCCGGCGGCGACGGCGGUGACGGCGGCGGCGGAGGAGAGAUGGGCACGAAAUCGUGGACGAUCCCGGCACCGACCUACCGGCCGCUGGACGCGAGCUGGGACAACGACGACGACGCCCCGGGUCCUCGCUGCGGCCACUCCCUCACCACCGUGGCCGCCACCAAAUCUCACGGCCCCCGCCUCGUCCUUUUCGGUGGCGCCACCGCCAUCGAGGGUGGCGCCUCCUCCGCCGUCCCCGGCAUCAGGCUGGCGGGAGUGACGAAUUCGGUUCACUCGUACGACGUCGAGACCAGGAAAUGGACCAGGUUGCAUCCAGUCGGAGAGCCCCCCUCGCCGAGGGCUGCACAUGCUGCAGCUGCGGUUGGCACCAUGGUUGUUUUCCAGGGUGGCAUAGGUCCUGCUGGGCAUUCCACGGAUGAUCUUUAUGUGCUUGACCUGACAAAUGAUAAAUUCAAGUGGCACAGGGUGGUGGUUCAAGGACCUGGACCAGGACCUCGCUAUGGCCAUGCUAUGGAUUUGGUUGCUCAACGUUAUCUUGUUACAGUUAGUGGAAAUGAUG